AUGUCCCCCGGUUCUUCGAACUCUUCAACCCCGUUCUAUGAAGCCGUGAUAGCCGAGCCCGAAUGUCACUUCUUUGAAGUCUACCAGUCACCUACUGAGCCAGGUACCGUGCGUUGGGUUGAAAACCGGGCUGCAUCCACCGAGUGGUUUGAAACUCAACAAAUGACAAAGGAGUACUAUAAUGAAUACCUAGCUGAAACCAAGGCCAUGUACGUGAAGCCGGGUGAAUUCAAGAUCUUCAAUCGUCUUGGAGCUCCGUAUUAUAUGGCGAAGGACAUUAAAUGA